GAAGCAGAUCUCGUUCGUAACGAACGAGCCUGGGAGCUUUGUGGCGCUCAAAAGAAAGAACUAUUUGAAUCAUCCGUUAAGAGGUUGGUACACGACAGCUGAUGAAGAGCCUUCUAUAAAGCUCCUGGGUAGACUUGCGGAUGUUGAGAUUAAAGUCUCUGAACUCGGGUACAGAAUAGGAGUGGUAAAGGAUAAAGGUGUUCCUCUUCCACACUUAACUGGAUCCGAAUGGGUGAUUUUGGAAUAUUUGAAAUAUAGAUUGAACUGCAUUGGUGUCAACAUUGAAGUAGGAGAUGACAUUUUUCAAGAGCUGAAAGCCAAGGGAUUGACGAUGAAACAAUUUAAAGAUGAGAAAAUAGAGAAUCAUGCCUACAGUGUCAUAGGCAUGUUUAGUACAGUGUGCGAGUUUAGAUCAAGUCACUGGAAUAACCAACUCUAUCCCGAUCGAGUGAUGUUUCGCUAUCGUUUGCUCUCUGAAUUUAGAAAGGUAGACGCUAGUGAGGAUUACAAAAUGAUCUAUUUCACUCCAGAUGGCGUCUUCAGAUUUUCGAAUGAAAACGAGGUGGAAGAGUUCCUGCAACAAGAUCAAGAGGAGCAAAAUAAAUUGAAUUACACAAGUGCUGUUGAUGUGUUAACUGAAGAGGGCAAUACCUACCUGUUCAAGAAUGUACAAGACAGUACUACUUUCGUAAAUAACUGGAUUUUUCUUUUGAGAUGUUGCAGACCAUUGAACAUUUGA